UCAAAUUGAUAAAAAUUUCACGCCAUUUGAGAGUAUGGUAUCGCAAAUUAAGUGAAAGUAGGGGUAUUUUGGUACCAAAUGUGCUAUAUAAAUAAAACUGUGCCUCCACUUGGAAAGCGAGUCUGAAAAUAGGGGCGAGCGGAGCAGAGGAGUUUCCGUUAUCCAUUUCCUUUCUCUCUAUACCAAUAGUUGUAUCUCAUCUCUCCAGAAAGUCUCAUAUAAUCUCUUAUCUUCCAAAAUCAAAUAAAUUAGGGUUUUUGCGGAUCUCUAUUGUUCGAAUUUGAAUCACUGUGUUUUGCAGCCAUGGUUUCCGAUUCGAUCAACGCUUCCAUUCCAUCUGCUCCCAAGGAUUUCGGAAAGAAGAAAAGGGCGAACCGUUCUGCCAAACUGAAGCAGUGCAAGCUCGAUGCCCGUCGAGAGCAAUGGCUUUCUCAAGUUGCCUUUAAGAACAAACGAAGCAAGGAGGAGCUGAAUGGCCAACGAGUGUCCCCAUGUGAAAACGAGGGGAAGAAUGCCAUAGAUAAUUUAGAGACAAGGCCAAGAGGAAGAGGGGAUGAAGAAGAGAAGGAAAACGGAUCGAUCUAUCACGAUUUUGAUUCUGAUUCCCCUUCCCACAGUCCCACCGGCAGCAGCGUUCUCAGCGGCACCGAUGUUGGCACCAAUUGCACGGGCUCCUCCACCAGCAGCAGUAGUAGCAGCAGCAGUGGUGGUUGUUGCUCUGGCAGCAUUACAGAGGAGGAAGAAGAAGCGGAUGAUGAUUGCUUGGACGAUUGGGAGGCUGUGGCCGAUGCUUUAGCUGCCAAUGAUGAUAACAAGCAACAAAGUCAAAAAGAGAAUCCGUGUCUGGUCUCGGAGUCCUCCUCGCAACAUGAACCUAGUGUUCGAUCAGAUUCUAAUUCGAAUAAUUUGGGUUCUAGUGACGAGGAUUUUAAGCAAGAGUGCUCAAGAACGGCACCACGAAGGCUUGCUUCUGGGAAUAGCCGGGCAUGGAGGCCAGAUGAUGCAUUUCGCCCACAGAGUCUGCCUAAUUUGUCAAAGCAGCGGAGCUUUCCAAAUGCAGAGAGGCAUUAUGGACAGGGUGGACUACCGUGGCAUUGUUCAAAUCCUGUUAACGUGCCUUCUUCCUGUCCUAUAUGUUGCGAGGAAUUGGAUGUAACAGAUACGAGUUUCUUGCCCUGCAUAUGCGGAUUUCGUCUUUGCCUCUUCUGCUACAAUAGAAUUUUACACGUGGAGAAUGGUCGCUGCCCAGGUUGUAGGAAGAACUAUGAGGGCAAUGCUGAGGAGGCCGAGCUGAGUGUGAAUGGAGGUAGCCUGACUUUCAGGUUGUCUCGUUCUUAUAGCAUGGUUGCUAGGUCUUAGGAGGAUGAAUCUCUGUUUUGUUGAAUUAUAUAUGUUGGGCCCAUUUCUGUCUUUUAGCGAGUCUUGCUUGUUCUGUUUUAGUCUUAGACAGUUUCGUAGAUGUUCUAGUUGUGGGUAAUAGCUGGUUAUGUCUUUUGGCACCUGAAAUUGAUCUGCUUCUCCUGUGAGCUUUGUUAUUAUCUGUAUGGUGCAUAUGUUGAUGUAGGGAACUCGUAUUUUGGUCUGUGAAUAGAUAAGGGGGUAUAGAAAUACAUAAAAAAUUAUUACAAUAUGUUAUUCUCGCUCUCAUUUUAA